AUGAACAAGGUGAAAGUUGAGGUGAUAUUGAAAUUGAAUUACCACCUGAUCUUGUUUGUCUUUAUUCAAAUAUAUUCACGCUCAUGUACAGCUUUUAUAGCACUUCCAUCAUCAUAUGUACAUUCAGUAAGAGAUUGGCGUGAAGCCCUUUCAUCAAAACUAUUUUAUCCAGCAGUUGGAUUAAAAUUAGAAGAAUUCAGUGGACGUCUUCAAAUCGAACAUCGUUUAGCAAAAAAUGAAAAAUUUCAAGAUUAA